GAUAAAUGGAUUGGCCUGUUGCAUCACAUUGUUGACGAACAUGAAUGGGUCAUAACAGAAGGUGACAAUAAUGGGAAAUGUGAUCAUGAGCCAUUGGAUGGUGUUGAACGAGAAAAACCUUGGCUUCAGAAAGAUGAUUCAGCUCACAAAGCACUUCGGAAGAUUGUUCUGGAUAAGAGAUUAAUGAACACAUUCAAAUAUUAUACUAACUUUAGGUACGACACAUUAACAUUCAUCGAUUUCACAACUUAUCAAUUUGAUUGUUGA